UGACUCCAGAAGCAGUUAGCAGGAUCAGACACGGUUAUCUCCCAUUUGCAGCUGAGGUGGCCAAGAGAUAAGAGUUGCUUAAGGUUGGGGUUAGCAAACAACGAAACCGGUGUUUCCACACAGAUCGUGGUCUCCGAGCCGACCAUCCACUUUCUACGAGGAAACUGUAUUCUUGAUGUUUUCGUUUCUCUGGUAACUUCAAAGACUGGGCAGGGCAAGCCUGGGCACCAGGAAGAACUGGUGCCCCUGGCCUGAGUCAAGAAGAAAAGAAGAGAGAAGAGAGAUCGAAGCAGAGAGAGCAGGAAGCUGCUGGGUGGACCACAAUGAAAUCCCUCCUCGCGCUACUGCUGGUGCUCCUGGACCUGGGACAGGCCCAAGGAGCUGUGAACAGGGUGCCCCUCAGAAGGCACCAGUCCCUCCGGAAGAAGCUGAGGGCCCAAGGCCAGCUCUCAGACUUCUGGAAGUCCCAGAACUUGGACAUGAUCCAGUUCAGCGAGUCCUGUAAUAUGGACCAGAGUACCAAUGAGCCACUCAUCAACUACCUGGAUAUGGAGUACUUCGGCACUAUCUCCAUUGGCUCCCCACCACAGAACUUCACUGUCAUCUUUGACACCGGCUCCUCCAACCUCUGGGUCCCUUCGGUUUACUGUACCAGCCCAGCAUGCAAGACACACCCGGUGUUCCACCCAUCCCAGUCCAGCACAUACGAGGAGGUAGGGAAUCAUUUCUCCAUCCACUAUGGUACCGGGAGCCUGACAGGAAUCAUCGGAGCCGACCAAGUCUCUGUUGAAGGGUUGACUGUGGAUGGCCAACAGUUUGGAGAAAGCGUCAAGGAGCCUGGCCAGACCUUUGUGAAUGCGGAGUUUGAUGGGAUUCUGGGCCUGGGAUACCCCUCACUGGCUGUCGGAGGGGUGACCCCAGUGUUUGACAACAUGAUGGCCCAGAACCUUGUGGAUCUGCCGAUGUUCUCUGUCUACUUGAGCAGUGACCCAGAAGGUGGCAUAGGCAGUGAGCUGACUUUCGGAGGCUAUGACUCCUCUCAUUUCUCUGGGAGCCUCAACUGGAUCCCAGUCACCAAGCAAGGCUACUGGCAGAUCGCGCUGGACGGAAUCCAGGUGGGAGACACGGUGAUGUUCUGCUCUGAGGGCUGCCAGGCCAUUGUGGACACAGGGACCUCCCUCGUCACCGGCCCCUCUGACGAGAUCAAACAGCUUCAAGAGGCCAUUGGGGCCACACCCAUGGAUGGAGAAUACGCUGUGGACUGUGCCUCCCUCAACACGAUGCCAAAUGUCGCCUUCCUCAUCAACGGGGUGUCAUAUACCCUCAGCCCAACUGCCUACAUCCUGCCGGACUUAGUGGAUGGGAUGCAGUUCUGCGGCAGUGGCUUCCAAGGACUUGACAUCCCGCCGCCCGCUGGGCCCCUCUGGAUCCUGGGGGACGUCUUCAUCCGGCAGUUUUACUCAGUCUUUGACCGUGGAAAUAAUCAAGUGGGACUGGCCCCCGCGGUCCCCUAAACAGGAUGUCUGUCUGUGUAUGGAUACCUGAUACCCCUUUAGCCUGUUAGAUCUCUUUAUAUCCAAAAGUCAUUGCCCACAGGAUGCAGCCAUCCCAGAGUACUCAGACUGAAGAGCGUGAGAACACACACAGCCACCCCCCACCAUGUUGAACACACACACCUCCUCCACCGUGAUGAAAGAAGGAAGUCUGUCUGUCUGUAGGCUUUAUUGCUUUUUGCCAACUUUCUAUAUGGAACUCUCCAAACAUAUACAAAUAGAUGUGAUGGCAAGAUAAAUCCCCGUGCACCUCUACCCCACCUCACAACCCAUCCACAUGUGCUCAGACCCCUCAAUCUUCUCUCCCUCUGGCUCCACACAUCUACAUUCAGAAACGAAUUCUAAGCACUAUAUCAUUGUAUCCAAUGUCUAAUAGCCUUAAAAGUCAGGAUUUAAGUAUCUCUCACUCGCUCAUAAAUGUGAACCUUUUUUACAGUUGAUUUGUUUGUAUCAGGAUUCAAACUAGAUCCCUAACUGGGGAGG